AUGCUACGAGAAGUCAAGAGGAAUCAAGAGCGACGGAGGAUGCUACGAGAAAUGAAGAGGAAUCAAGAGCGAUUGAAGAUGCUACGAGGAAACAAGAGAAAUCAAGAGCGACGGAGGAUGCUACAAGGAAUCAAGAGGAACCAAGAACGACGGGGGAUGCUACGAGAAGUCAAGAAGAAUCAAGAGCGACAGAGGAUGCUACGAGGAAUGAAGAGGAAUCAAGAGCGACGGGGGAUGCUACGAGAAGUCUCAUCAAUGAUAAAACUGUCUGGAGACCAGAAACAGCGCCGUCUGGAGCUGCUGGCAGCCAUGACUCAGCUGCAAGCCUCCGACACUCUUGGCUUCCACUUCAAACGUCUGCAGCACGAGAGUGCCACGGGUGACGUGGACGAGGCGCUCACCACAGACAACAUCCGCAAGAAUCGCUUCAACAAAUACGUGCCAUUCAACAGGACGCGAGUGCGUCUGGAAGAUUCUUACGGCUCCGAUGGCUACAUAAACGCGAGUUUUAUCCAAAGCUGCAGAGCGGACAUCAAGUUCAUAGCGGCGCAGUCUCCUCUGGAAGACACUGUGGCCGACUUCUGGCUGAUGAUCUGGCAGCAGAAAGUGCACGUCAUCGCUGCGCUGGACCACUACGAUGAUUCAAUGGAAUGGCACCCCUACUGGCCGCGGUCCAAAACCAAGUCCGUGUACUGCCCCCCCAUUCAAGUGAAGCUCAUCAGGAGACUGAGGGCAGAGUUCUUCAUCUCCAGAGACUUGGAGCUCUCAGACGGCGAAAGUAAGCGCGAUGUGCGACAAAUUCAGCUCACCAAAUGGACAGAUGACACAAGUUUCAGGCCUUCUGACCUCGUUGGUUUUCUUCAUAAAAUUCGCGAAGGCCUGCCAGAGGGACCGAGUAACGUGGUUGCCCACUGCAGUAAUGGCAGUGGACGUACGGGAGUUUUAUUCGGGCUGUGGAACCUGCAACUGAAGGCUGAGUUUUCCUCUGCAGAAGUUGAUGUGAUGGAAGUGAUUUUAAACCUGCGCAGGAACAGAGCACACAUGGUGGAUUCACUCGAAAAAGCGGAAAAUCUGGUCAUGGCUUUUAUUUAUUAUCUCAAGCACGCAUUCAGUACAACUCGAGGAAUCGCGUUCGACCUGGCAGUUUGUGAUGACCUUCUAUCACAGCUCAGUAUGGCUUCCAUUGAUGACGAAUACCAAAACACAUACUCUGGGGAACUGAUUGCCAGUAGCAGAACUGGGGACACCAUUGAUGAGACAAGCCCACUAAUGAACCAAGAUCCACUUACCCAUUCACCAUCAUCGCGUCGUUGCAUUUCACAGAGCCGCCGGCCAGCUGAAAUUGAUAGGGCAUUGCACACUCCACACACUGAACCAAGUCAAGCAGUGAACCUGCAUGACCGACAACCAUGUGGCUCGAAAAUUCAAGACGAGCCUGGUGACAAUGUUAAGUAUGGGAGAUGCGAAUCUGUGCAAUCGCAAAAUUCUGUUUCAGUUAAGAGUCACCCUUGCCGAGCGUCGGCUCAAGUGUUAACAUCUAUUGCUGAACAUAAUGCAAGGGUCGUCACCAAACCAUCCGACGCAGUGCUAGAUUGUUAUGAGAUGUCUCCAGUUACUUCUCCAGUUCAACACACUGUUGGCCAAAACAAUGAAUGCAGCACUAACGAAUCCAUCCGCGAAGAAGCUGAGCGCCCUGCGCUUGCUGCAGAGAUUCCCCACUCAUCUUCCUCUCUAAUAAUUACAACUGGUCAAACAAGGGGACUCCAUAGGUCUCAAUUACCUCCAUCCAUGAAGAAGCGACCACUACCACGUAUUAACCGAAAAUAACCCUAUAAACAAUGUCCAAACGGUCAAUGACAUGUCUUAUAUCAAUUAGG